AUGGUGCUACAAUAUUUCUGGAAUCAAAUGCUCACUGCUACAAUAGCUACAGUGGUGCUACAGUGUUUCUGGAAACCAUUCUUUUCUCGAGCAAUCGUCCAAAUGCUCACCGCUACAAUAGUUGCCGUCUUUGCUUCAUUUAUCCGCCUUCCCUCUACACCAAAUUGCAACUCUUACUUGUUUCUGAAGCUUAGUUUGAUUUUAAUUGCAAAAUUUGCUAAUGCCUCAAGGGAUUCAUCUGAUCCUCACAUUAAAUUUCCAUCAGAAGAAAACCGGUCUACCAUUGGAUUCCGGCAAAACUCAUCCAUGAAACCCAACAGUUAUCUUGCAAAGGAGAUAUUAGAUCACGAGGUAUCAAAAGCUAAAGUGAUGGAACACCACUCUCCCAGUUUGGUUGCAAGGCUGAUGGGUCUGGAUACUCUUCCAUCUUCAGUGAGACACCAGAAACCUAUUGAUCGUUGUCAUCUGAGAGCACUGGAGAGAGAUAUUUGCCACAAUUCUGCACAUUUGGAGUAUCAUCCACACAGGAGAAGCAGCAGUGAGGUUCUAGAUUUCAAAGAUGUAUUUGAGGUGACAGAAACAUCCAAUGUUAAUAGCCAUAGGAUCCAUCAUCAUGUCAGGAGAAUGCACCCUCCAACUGGUGUAGUGCUUGAUGAUGCUGAAAUUUUUAAUCAUAUACCUGAUGUCCCAGAUUCAACCAAGGAUAUCUUCCUAGAACAUCUCCAAGAUCACAAUUUGCUAUCCAUGAAACAUUUUCGAGAGCCUGAUAACGCAAUAACCACAUCUCAAGGGGAUAAGAUUACGAUAUUAAAAGCAUCUAAAAGUGCUAAGAAUUGUGGCAAUGGAGGCCGGCUUAAACCACCUGAAUCAGAAAGGAUCCGAGAUUGGUGUUCUGAUUGGCAGCAAGAAAUUUUCAACUCUGUCAAUACAAACUUUGUCAACCCACAUAUGCCAUCUGCAUCACAAUACAAAGGCAACUGUGAAUCUUGUGCAAGUCCUGCUCGCAUUGUGAUCCUAAAACCAAACAAAGGGAAGACUAGAAAGUUGGCAGAGGAUAGUUUAUUUACGGAUGAGGAUUUCCAUUUUAACUUUAAAGUGUUCAGUGAAAUUGCUGCUUCUAGAAUUCGGGAGAUGCAUAAUGAAGGGAAACAAAAGUUAGCAUAUCACACGGAGUUAUCAUGCCCGAAGGAUUCAAUUAAAAUUACCCAGGAAAAGACAAGAAAGGCGAGGCAGACUAGAAGCAGCCGAAUUAAACAUUAUUCUCUAUCUGAAAGGAUGCCCUUUGAUGAUAAUGAAGAGUCAGAGGCAACUUUUUUAUCUUCUGAUAACUUCAGGGUUUGGAUUGGCAACUGCAACUCUUCACCUUUAUCUUCAACUGAAUCUUCUGUGAGCAGGGAGGCACGAAGGCGCCUGGCUGAAAGAUGGAAGGUCACUAGGAAGUUUCAGAACGAGGGACAUGGUUCUCAUAGCUCACAGACACUAAGUGAGCUCCUUGGUCUAUCCUAUGACAGGACUGUGAAGUUUACUGAGGAUACUUCUGACAUCACAAAUGUUCUAGAUAAAAUUUUUGACAGCAAUGAGGCACCUGGAAGCACAGACAAUCUUUCUAGAAUUGACAGUGAAGACAGAGUACGAUAUGUGAGCCUACAACCCUUUGUUGAGUACAAUUCAAGUCUGAAGAUAAAUGACAGAGAACGAGAUGUUGCCACAAAUAACGAUAGAAUUGAAGAUGUGACAAUGAGACCAUCUUGUAUCUCUUUAGUUGCCAAAAUGACUGAACCACAAACUGUGUCAGUUAGAAACAUAAAGAAUCAAAUUCAUGGAUCUCAACUAGAGCAUUUGGUUGCUAAGGAAAACAUGCUACCUGAACAAGAAACUGAUGUGAGCACAGAAGGAUCAAGGAAGAGAGUUCACAUGGCAAAAACAACAAUACAUCCUUCACCCAUGGAUUGUGCCAACUCUGAUAGUCGACCAAAAAGUUGUGUCUCUAUUCCUCAGCUUGGAGAUGAGUCAUGGGAAGAGAAACCAGCAACCUCUGCACUUGAACUGUCAUUAGAUAAUGAAGGCUUGAUUGGACAGAUUCUAAAUGCAGUAGCAAAUCAGGAAACUUCAUUUGACAAUCUUCCACUCGAGCCACUUCACUCUGAACCUGAUAUGGGUGUAUUAGAUACCCUAAGCACGGAGGAAAAUGAACAGCCAAGCCCAGUCUCUGUUCUGGAGACUCCAUCAGAAGAUGAAGCAUAUAGCUCAGGAUGCUUUGAAAGAUUAAGUUCAGAUCUCAAAGAGCUUAGGAGGAAACUUGAACUUCUGAAGUUGGAGUCAACAGAUGUAUAUACUCAGAAAGCUGAGGUCCCACCUAAUAAGAGAUGUUGUGAUCAUGAUAUGGACCAAGAACUCGUAGACAGUGAUGAUAGAGACUUUGCAUACAUGCUUGACACUCUUCAGGAAUCAGGCUUCCUUGGUAUUAUUGAUAACAAGCUAGUGGAUACCUUGGACCAAAAUCUCUUUGAUAAACUAGAGAAGAAGUACAACAAAGUAGUGUCAUGGCCAAGAUCCGAAAGAAGGCUACUGUUUGAUCUUAUAAGUUGCACCCUCACAGAAACGGUUGCUAGAUCAUGCAAGAAUGUGCAUAGCAUGUCAGAGCUUUGCCCCCUGGCAUUGGACUGCAAUAGCGUGGCAAAAGCUGUGUGGCAAACUCUAGUCGAGGGAAGGAAAUUGCUGGAUUGCAGUGAUAGAAACGAGUUCCUCGACAAAGAAUGGCUUCUCUUGGUUUGUGAAGUUGAUUUGAUUGCAAUCCGAAUUGAAGGGAUGGUAAAUGAUGUACUGUUGGAGGAACUUGUUUUUGAUUUGUUUCACUAGGCAAAGGGCAGCAGAAAAUUCACUGGUGUUCGAUAGGCUCUACUCUCAUGUACAUCUUAGUAUUUAAAUUAGUUGAUAUGUGAAGAUAUCAAAAAUGGUGCAUGGAAUUACCUAAUUACAGAAUAUCGAGGAUUACCGUAAGGAGAUGGUAGAGAUGACAGAGAAGUUACAAGAGCAAGAGCAAGUGGUCUUCUAGGAUCAGAACACCAGCACUUACGCUCACAUUAUAGAAUUGCUGAUUGAUGUCUCGCCCUUUUCUCCUCUGCGGAGUUUACUCCUUUACGUAUUUGGUGAUAUCAUUGCCUACAGCCAGACGACUGGCAUCCAUGGGAGUGUGGCCAAUCAUCUUCUAGUGAUCACAAACACUACUGGAAAAAACUCUUUUAGCGACGGAAUUAUGCGUCGCUAAUCGGUCGCUAAUUGAGAAUAGAGACCAAUUAGUG